UGUAACUGGAGAACACUCGAGUACUGGUAGGCAACAGGAAGGGGACAGCACCGCACGUUGACACACCCUAAAGUUACCGAUUUAUUUUGACAAAGAACUCUGAGCAAGGAAUUCGUUAAAAUAGUCAUAUCGAUCCAGCAUCGGAUAAUUCAGGAAAACUUUUGUUUUCUUUCCUAUUCAGCAGACAUGAAAUCUUGCUUAUGGAUUGCCUUGCUUGUAACCCUUGCUAUAGGGACGAAAACACAAGACUUUGAUCUAGCUGAUGCCUUAGAUUUUGAUAAACCUAAGGCAACUGCUAUUCCAAAACAGCCAAAGAAACCUGCAAAGGAUCCCAGUCCAGGAGGAGGAUUAGAUCUAUUCGAUGCUCUUGGUCCAGAAGGUAAAGUGACACAAUAAUAGGUGUAGAUGGCUCCCUCUUUGUCUAAGUUGGUGUUGGUUUUACUCUUGAACUUUUCUAUAUAUCAGACUUACAUUUGGUUACACUUCCCAUUCAACAGGUAGCUGUGUUAAGUCUCUCAUCAGCUCGUUGGUGCUGGGAUAAUAAGAUUGGAUCAUUCCUUGUGUCGGAUUUCUUUUUACUGAUUUGCUUUAAGGGUUCAUCAAGUUUGGGUGAUAGAUUUAUAACUCCAUCAAAUUGUAUAGUUAUACUGUUAUGGUAUUCAGUUAUAUUCAACCAGUAAUAACUGGCUAAAUUAAACACCCAUCCCUUUCAGCAAAUCCCAGCCUGGAUCACCUUAUCUUAUUAUGCUAUAUUUCUAAGUUUUCCUUUCCUGGCUUUAAAAUGGUCAAACUCAAAGGUGAAAAUCCUGGGAAUUAUGGUUUAAUGUUGAGGCUUUUUUAAUUGAUUUUCCUUGAUUCACCUUUCCUCUUCUAAGAGUCUGAGAAACCAGCUGGGAUCCCUCCUAAAGAAGGUGGAACUAGAAAGGCAUCUAUGGCCGACAAAUGUCAAAUGAAUGGAUAGCUCAUGUAUUUCAACUAAGAUUUUCUUUCUGUUCUCAGAUGAUUUAGAUUUUAUGGAUACGUCAAUGUGUUUAUUUAAUGUGUUCUUGACUAAAUAUGUUGUCCAAUCAUUUGUCCAAUCAUUUUCCCAAUGUGGAAUACAAUGCUCUUAUAGUUGAUAUACUUGAUGCCCUUUCCAGAUCCCAAACCUGGCCGUCCUGCUCCCGCACCAGUAGAUCCCAAAAAACCAGCUGAUGAUGGGAUGGGUUUUGACCUGUCUGAUGCCUUGGGUCCAGAUCCUGUACCGGGUAAACCAGCUGUUGUUCCACCUAAAGAUGGAGGCACCGGUGGCGGGUCCUUCGGAGACAAAGACCUGUUUGAUGUGAGCGAUAACGGUGACUACAAGCCUGAUCCCGGCAAGGGAGGUGGAGGAGGAGGAGGAGGUGGUGCUCCUGCAGAUCAACCUCAAGAUGUAGAAGCUGGAUCUGGUCAGAUCGCUGGCGUAGUGAGUGCAAUAGGAGUGGCCCUCCUUGGUGCUGCCUCCAGCUACUUUGCCUACCAGAAGAAGAAACUGUGUUUCAAGAUUCAGGGAGGUGUAGACCCAGAAAGUGGAAAGAACGCACGUGGAGCUCAGUCUGGUCCCCAAUUGAUGAGCAACUUGCUCAGGUCCUCCUAACUUCGAUCAGAUCAUCAUAGAGGAACCUCACCUUUAGCAAAGAAACACCUUCUUCCAUCAGCAGGUAUCAACUGUCUGCUGGAGACGUCAGUGGGCAAAAAAUACAAUAAAAUCUAUAUAUAUUUUUUCAUUUGUCUUUCAUUUAGAAUUUAACUUUUGGAGAAUGUUAGUUAUAUGUAUUUUUUUUUUGCCUUAUCUAGCUGUGUAAAGACACUUAGAUUUACAACUUGAAUACAUGUUUUUUGCAUCGAAGAUGUAUCGAUCAUUUUCAUUGUAUAUUGUGCAGUACCAAACAAUUGUCUUUCAACAUGCUGAUUUUUCAUCACUUUUCAUUUCAUUUUAAUUUCAUACUUUAGUAGGCCUAGCUGGUAUCCACAACUACAUUUGACAUUUGUCUGUGUUUACAUUGCACAUAGCUUUCAUAUUUGUUUUACUUUAACUGUCUCCACGUCUAUUAAAUUCUGAUUGGCAGUAGGAUCUCUCUUUUCAUCAAAUGUCAGCGCUUGUUUUAAAAUAUAACCCAGGCGAGUCUGUAGUUACACUAAUCAAAACAAACCAUGCACACAAAGGAUAAUUUUACAACAUGGCACACUCAUGUACUUAUUAAUUGGAUAACAUUUUAAUAGAAGGAUUUAGAAAUGUUUGUAUAGAUUAAGGUAUAAUGGAAAAAGUGCUUUAGAGAAAGGGAUUAUUUUGGUGGAUAUGAAAAGAAUGUGUAGGGUACUAUUUGGGAUGAGGAUUGGUUUCAAGCUGAACUUUUAGCUGCAUCACGUUUUGUCUUCUAGUAAGUUAAUUGCUUGGGGUGCAAGCCACUCGUUAGUGUUUAUGUGAGGAAAGAUACCAUAAAUGCACAUGGUAAAUAAACAGAAAUGUAAAAAAAAAAAAUGCAUUGUGCAUGUUUAUUUACAAAACAACAUUUAUACUGAGAAGUGGUUAUUUUUAAGUUAUACUUGUUUAAGAUUUGUAUGUAUGAUUACUUUAUUUCUGAUGCAAUACAGAUAAGAAUAGAAAUUGAUAGCUGGGGUUGAUACCAAACUGGAAAACCAGCAUAUUCCACCAUGUCACUUGUGCUGUAAAUGCUAAUGAAGAAUGCAUAUAAAAGCGCUGCUGCUUUUUUGCUGUGUGAUAUAUGCCAUUUUUGUUCUCCUUUAACUUUCAGCACAUGUAAUUAAAAUCUUUUAUGUAACUGUAACUGAAGAAGUGUUACUGCUUAUUCUUUACCAAUACAGGAAAUCAUUUGUUGACUUAGUUGAUUGUAGUUAGUUGUUUUGUGUGUUUUGAAGGAAGUUUAAUUCCUUCUCUGAAAGACAAUGGAGGGCUGUUGAUAAUGUACCUUAUUGUUAUCAAUAAAGUUAACUUUUUUACAAUU